UACAUACAUUUUGCAAUUUUUCACAAGUAGCUACUGUUCAAAAAAUGUAAAAAUGGGGGAUUUGAGAUGCGUUUUGGUGUAUGGUUGGGGCUGUUUUUAACUGGAAAAAUGGGUUUUCCAGUAUGAUUGGAGUUGCCCUCUACGGUCGAGUUACGGUUAACGAAUGGCUUAUUUCUGUAAUUCGAGCAGGUAUUUGAUGUAAUUAAACAACGAUAUCGUGUCGAUUGAGCUAAAUAAAUGGCACCGUUGUGCACGGCACUCUAGUCGGUGUCAGAUAUCAGUAUGAAUACUCUCUUAAAGAUUACCCCUAAAAUGCUAUCAAAAUCAAGACAACUACCCAUGUUUCGAGCCCACAAUCCGAAUGUUCCUUCUCUCUACCACAUCCUCCAAUUCAAUGCCUCAAUGUCAAACCUAAAAGUGGUAUGGCGAAAGGAUCCGAAGCUCGAUCAAGCAAUCGAGAACGACAAGAAAUGGAGACUCUGCUACCGGGUCGUCCGCGAAGUCCUAAAUGAACCGGGUCAGGUAAUCCCGCUCCGGUACUUAGCUAAACGCCGCGAGCGGCUUCGUUUGCCCAUUAAACUUGAAGAAUUUCUUUCCCAAAAUCCGGGUUUGUUUGAUAUAUUUAAGGACAGGAUUAGGCCCAAAUCUGACCUAGUUCCGUUUGUCCGUCCCAGCGAUAGAUUGAAUCAGUUUCUGGAGGAUGAGAAAUCGAUUCACAGCAAUAAUGAGCCGUUUAUAGUAGCGAAAUUGUGUAAAUUGCUCAUGAUGGCGAAGAAUAGAGUAGUUAGUGUUGAGAAAUUGGUUGAGGUGAAAAGGGAAUUUGGUUUCCCCAAUGAUUUUCUAGUGAGAAUAGUGUCUGCACAUCCAGAGUAUUUUAGGUUGCAUGGAUUACCCGGACAGGGGCAGUCGUACCUUGAAUUGGUUUCUAGUAAUGAGGAGUUUUGUAAGUCUGUUAUUGAGAGGCGAGCAGAGGAGGAGUCGAGGUUGAUGGGGAUCAAUGUGAGGCCUGCAUUCGAGUGGAAGCUUCCACCGGGGUUCUUUUUCAAGAAGGAGAUGAGGGAGUGGGUUAGGGACUGGAUGGAGCUGCCUUACAUUUCUCCAUAUGAGGACGUGUCACAUUUGGAUCCUGCUUCACCUGAAAUGGAGAAGAGGAUGGUGGGGGUUUUCCAUGAGCUGCUCUCUUUGUCAAUUUAUAAGAGAGUGCCAGUGCCGAUCCUAGGCAAGUUUUGUGAGGAUUUUAGGUAUUCUAAUGGCUUCACGAGUGUAUUUACGAGACAUUCGGGGAUUUUCUAUAUGUCUUUGAAAGGUGGGAUUCAGACAGCAAUGUUGAGGGAAGCGUAUAAGGGUGAGGAGCUGGUCGAUCUCGAUCCUCUGUGUGAGAUAAAGAACAAGUUUGUUGAAAUGCUGGAAGUGGGGUGGCGGGAGAGGGCUGAGAAAUUGAGAAUGCGCAGAGGAAGUGUUGGGAAGGAUAUGGAAAUCUUGGCCGCUAGGAAUAAAGAACUCAAAUGUGAUGAGCGGAACACAGAAUUAUGGAGUCUGGAGAAAUUAGCUGAGUAGGAAAAUCUACCGCUGGAGGGACGUGUUCGCUUGCGUCCAGAACAGACACUUGUUCUUUAUUUGUGGCCUGUUGAUUGCGACCGAAGUUUUAAAACCUCAUAUCGACCACGGUUGCCCGGUCAGAAGGUUACACACCCAGAAGACGACCAUGAUAAAGAAGAGGCAGUCGUCGGCGUCAGAGCUCCCCAAGAUAAGGUUAUCUGCGUAAUUGUACUAUAAAAACUACUACCAGCUUGUACAUUAGAUUUGGAAAUGUUCCAUGUAAGUGUUAUAAUUGCUCACUCACCCAAAGCUAGAUAGGUUUGUUCUAUAGAAAUGUUAUAUUUCUUCACAUAGACGAGUUUGAUCAUUCAGGACCAGUCUGUUGUUAUAUUUGAUUACGAUGCUUAAAAUAUUAUUUGUUUUGAAAUAUUAUAGUAACACAUUUGGAUUUA